UUCGAGUUGGGCAUAUUGCUUAGGAAUCGAAGGGAAACAUGGUAAUUGUCUUGAGAAAGUGUGAAAGCCAGUGCCCGAGAGUGAGGUCCACAGGCGUGAACGAUGAAAGCGAUCAGAAGUGAUCAGAAUGCUCGAGAAUGACGUGGAAGCGGCCCGGAAGUAACGGCUGCGGAAUAUUUAAGUGUCCCGUAGUCACGGCGGACUUAUCAGUUUUGAUUUAGAGGUCCAGCGAGAUGGGAGGCGGCGCGAGAUUUUAUCUAACGUUGACCGUGCUGUGCGCGGUGGUAGCUGCGACAUGCUGGGCACGGGACGUCAGGGACUCGAGGAGGGAACGCCGGGACACCGAUCUGGUGGCCGCGGCUUCCGGUCACGACAAGCACGUGGAGUCUGGCGGCGGUCAUCAUCAUCAUGGGGAUCAUCACGAGGAGCAUGGGGAGAAAGAUCACAAGGAUCACAAGAGCGAGCAUCAUCAUGAUAAGGGUGACCACGGUGAACACAGCAAGGAGCAUCAUGCCGGUCAUCACGAGGAGCACGGGGGUCACAAAAAGGAGCAUCAUGACGAGGCCAAGAAGCACGGCGAGCAUCAUGAGCACGAGAAGGGUCACAAGGGUGGAAAGUUUGGAGAGAAGAAGGGUCACAAGAAGGGCCACAAGACCAAGGGAUAUCACAACAAGUUUCACAAGGACGAGUAUCACAAGGAGCACAAGUUCUAUGAUGACUAUCACAAGGGUGGUCAUCAUAGCAAGCAUGGUAACUUCCAUGGUCAUCAUGAGAAGAAGGAAGGCCAUCAUAAGAAGGGUGGUCAUCAUCAUUCCGGUCACGACGAGGAGCAUCACGGCAAGAAGGGUCAUCACGAUAAGGGACAUCACGACGAGGAUCACAAGGGUCAUCAUGGGAAACACGGUCACGAGGAGCAUCAUCAUCAUCAUGAGGAGCAUGGAAAGAAGGGCGGGCAUCAUGGCGGAAAGAAGCAUGGUUACAGCAAGGGUCACAAGGGUUAAUCUCUAUGCGGAAUUGCCCGAUUUGGAUUUUUUCCAGUUUUUUUUUUUUUUUUUACUUGUUUCCGGUGCAGCCAUCCAUGGAAGUAUCUUGGACUUUAGUUAAGUUAUCGUGGACUUUCUGUACAGUACCUUAUUCCAGUACGGCUGCUCUGGGUCACGUUAUGUUAUGUUUCGUACAAUAA